CUAGACAACGCCAUUUCUGGACGCUUGUGCCCUGCGUUUCUCGGAGAAGAAGGAAACCUCAUAAACUCUGCUUCACGGAUACAACAACGGAAGCUGGAUCGAGUUAAAUGUACGUCAUGGGAAGGCCACCUUGCUGCGACAAAAUUGGGAUCAAGAAGGGCCCUUGGACUCCCGAAGAAGACAUCAUCCUCGUCUCUUACAUUCAAGAGCACGGACCUGGUAAUUGGAGAUCUGUUCCCACUAAAACAGGUUUGAUGAGAUGCAGCAAGAGUUGCAGACUCCGAUGGACCAACUAUCUUCGUCCCGGUAUUAAAAGAGGCAACUUCACUGAUCACGAGGAAAAAAUGAUCAUCCAUCUCCAAGCUCUGCUCGGCAACAGAUGGGCUGCUAUAGCUUCGUAUCUUCCACAGAGGACGGACAAUGACAUCAAGAAUUAUUGGAACACCCAUUUGAAGAAGAAGCUGAAAAGGCUCCACACUGGGACUGAGGGUGACGACCAAGAAGACGACUCGUUCUCGCAGCCCAAGGGCCAGUGGGAGAGAAGGCUUCAAACAGAUAUCCACAUGGCCAAACAGGCUCUUUGCGAGGCUCUGUCUCUGGACAAGCCGAUGACCGAAACCGAUACCAAGCCCUCCGAUUCCACGAUCCAAACAUCCCCUUAUGCCUCAAGCACCGAAAACAUAGCCCGAUUGCUCCAGAACUGGAUGAACCAAUCCCCGAAGGACCCGACUCAACAAACAAGUUCACCGCCAGGAGCUCGCUUCAUCAACACCGCCACGGCGGGUUCCAGUUCGUCCAGCGAAGCUGCGACGUAUAAUAGCAACAAUAACAACCACGUUCUGGAUUCUCUAUGGAGCUUCAGCUCUAAUGCUUCCCAACAAUCCGUGUCUGCGGAUGACAACACCACGAACAAUAGCUUGUUCCAGGACGAAAGCAAGCUUAGCUCGGAGUCGCAGCUUCCUCUGACUCUGAUCGAGAAGUGGCUUUUCGAUGAUGCGGUGGCUCAGAACCAGGAAGACCUAAUCAAUGAGUCGCUUCUGGAAGAAACUACUCCGCAGUUGUACUUCUAGAAGAAAACUUAAGCUUGAGCGAGGAAUUAUGCGUAGUGUCAGUCAAAAUCACAUCAUUAAACCAGAGAACGAAUAUCCGAUAUCCUAAGAAAACCAUUCCAUGUAAGAGUGGCUCAAGCGGUGGCUUCUAGCUAGAGGUAGCCCCUUCGUUUUUCUUUCCCUUUGUCUUAGGUCACUCAACUUAGACUUUCGCUGGCCGGAGUAAGAAGAAUGGAAGAUGAUAUUUUCUUACUCUUCAAACAAACCAACCAACCAACCGAAGUGUACAUUACAAGUUCCUGCUAUAUCAUAUCCUCAAAUUUAUGUACCAAAAAAUCAGUUUUUACAUAUAUACGUUCUCGUCUUCUUACAGCUGUAUUG